AUGGUGUUAUUCUUAUUACCACCAUUGUCAUCAAUGACUACUAAAAUUUAUGUGACAAUCGGCGCUAUAAUUAGUGUACAAAUCGGAUAUAUGGCAACGAGUUGGACUCCAAUAUUUUGGAAUAAAGAAAAGUCUAUACUUGCUCUUCCUUUACCUAUAAUCGUUUAUUCAGCUUGUGCUAUCGUAGUUCAUAUACUUUUACAAAAUUCAAAUACAACUAUUUGUUAA